UAUCCUUCCAUAGUUUGAAUCAGUGUUGAUCAGUACACAUGCAGGGAUUUAAACUCCAGCCCUGAAUUCCUUUGAUUCAGUCAAAGUCAACAAUACUAUACACCUUGUAGUUAUGUAUACAGGAAAUACUGAUUAAUAAUAAGUGAAUGUUAUACAUAGCAACACUGCUAACCAUUUAAUAUUGUGGUUAUGGUUAAUUACCUUUUAAUGUACAUUAUACUUUUAUGUACUUUAUUAGAUGAUGAUCCUGCUAGUCAGAUACUCCAGCAUUACAGUGAUAGAAUAUCACAAGUAUCUCUCAUUGAUAGUUGUAUCCAGUUGUUAUAUACAGAAGGAUUAAUCACUGAGGAUACACAAAGGAAGAUUGAGAGAUGUGGUGGCUCAUUAAGUGAUACAUUAAGAGAAUUAAUGAUUGCAGUAUCUGAUGAUCACAGUAAGCUGAGGUCACUAGGAAAUAUAUUAAUGGAAUUAGAAGAAACUAAACCUUUAGCUCAAGAUAUUAUUAAAGAUUGUGAUGAAAUUAUUAAUAAGCCACUGAUUACAGCUGUAGUUAAACCAGUUACUAGUACAGUCAGUCAUGAUCAGUCUACAGUAUCAGCUGGUGAGCUCUUCUUUAAUGCAGCACAUAAACCAGUUUUUAAUGAGAUCAGAGGAAGUUUUGGUAUCCUUCGGGAUGAGCUGGUUCCAUUAAUUACUCAAUCAAUUCCAUCAGUUGCAAAAAUGAAGUCAUUCCUUCAACUGUCCUUCCCUGAAAUGAGCCGUGACCUGUCUAACGCUGAUAGUAUUGAUGACAUUAUGAAUGUUGUAGUGAAGAAUUGCCGAGUGAAUGACAUUUCAAUAAUUAAAACAAUUGUGAAACGAUUUAAAGUCACUGAAGCAAAACCACUGAUAUCAGAAUAUGAAGAUGAAGUGAAGACAGUUUGUGGAUCAUUGAAGGAUUUCCUCAGUCAGAAUCAACCCAAGCAUUUUCUCAUUUGUGAAACAAUUCAGUUUACUUUGGGAUGGGAACCAGAUGAGCACUCACUUGAUGACAUACGUAAUCUCUUAGAGGAAGCAUUUAAAGAAUUAAACAAGAGAAUUAUCGUACGAAGCAUUCAUC